AGCACACAGCGUGUGGUGAGCGUGGAAUCUUUGGUCUUGACAAGAGUGUAUCUUCCCACAGCAACUGAGAAUGGCGUUUGCAGGACUCAAGAAGCAAAUUAACAAGGCGAAUCAGUAUGUGACGGAGAAGAUGGGUGGUGCCGAGGGCACCAAACUCGAUCUGGACUUCAUGGACAUGGAGAGGAAAACGGAUGUAACUGUGGAGUUGGUGGAAGAGUUGCAGACGAAAACGAAGGAAUUCCUGCAGCCCAAUCCGACGGCACGGGCCAAAAUGGCAGCGGUAAAAGGAAUCUCUAAAUUAUCAGGUCAAGCAAAAAGUAAUACUUAUCCACAGCCCGAGGGACUCCUGGCCGACUGUAUGCUCCUCUAUGGGAAGAAGUUGGGCGAUGACAGCAUUUUUGCUCAAGCACUCAUUGAAAUGGGUGAAUCGCUGAAACAGAUGGCCGAUGUGAAAUAUUCCCUCGAUGAUAACAUCAAGCAAAACUUCCUGGAGCCACUUCAUCAUCUCCAGACGAAGGAUCUCAAGGAAGUGAUGCAUCAUCGCAAAAAACUGCAGGGAAGAAGAUUGGAUUACGACUGCAAGAGGCGACGACAGGCUAAAGGUUCUCACAUUACAGACGAUGAGAUUCGAAGUGCUGAAGAGAAAUUCGCCGAAUCAUUACAUUUAGCCCAAAUGGGAAUGUUCAAUUUAUUAGAGAAUGAUGUGGAGCAAGUGAGUCAACUAGUGACAUUCUCCGAAGCACUGCUGGAUUAUCAUCAACAGUGUACAGAGGUGCUGAAAUGUCUGGUUGAGACUCUCCAGAGCAAGCGCGAGGAUGCUGAGGCGCGUCCAAAGACGGAGUUCGUGCCCAAGACGCUGGCCGACUUGAAUAUUGAGGGUCUUUCCAUGGACGGCUUGAAUGUCAGUAAACCCAGUCAUCUGGAAUUGGCCGGAAAUGGUCCAGCUCAGGCUCGUUCCACCAAUGCAUCGCCACUUCCAUCACCGAUGCGGUCUCCGGCAAAGGCUCCACAGGCGCAGCGUCCCAGCGGACCGUGUUGUUCCGCUUUGUACGACUUUGAGCCGGAAAAUCCCGGAGAAUUGGGAUUCAAGGAGAAUGAUAUUAUCCAGCUGAUCAACAAGGUGGAUGAGAAUUGGUUCGAGGGCAGCGUGAAUGGGAGGACUGGAUACUUCCCACAGUCUUACGUUCAAGUUGUGGUUCCAUUGCCAAACUAAAGGAGUUUGAUGAGGCGCAGAGAAGAGCAUCAGCCGACCUUCUUCUUUUUUUCCAUCUUUAAGGCAACACACACACUCUGUGAGAUCUUGAGGAGUCUUAAUUGUGUCUUUUUUUCUUUUUCUUCCGAGGGAGGAGAGAAAAUUCAAUGCAGAGAAUUAUGUUCAAUGAUAAUACAUAUACAUAACAUAGAUUAAAUUUAACAAAACAAAAAAGAUGCAAAGAAACGCGAGAAAUUUGCACUAGUCGAUGAUUGAGAUGAAGUUGAUAUAUGGAGACAUUCUUUCGUAGAAGAAACAAAAAAGAAGUGAAAAGGUAAAAUAACUCAGAAUUAAUUUUAAAAUACACAAUUUUCAUUUUAAUGCUAAAUCGUGUCAUGAGAUAAAGUCUCAAAGUUGUAAUUUUUACUGUUGAUUUAGUUGAAGUUUAAUCUUUUUUACGUGACUCUAAUUUGUACAUAAAGAAAAUCUACGCUUAGGUCUUUUUAAUUUGUAAAUAGGCAAAGAAGGAAUACAGCAUGAUCAUGAAUUGUGCCAUUUAAGAGAGAGUAAGAGAGAGAGAGAGAAAACCCCCUUUUAGUGACCGCGUUACCCCCAUUGAAAGUGGAAUUUUAUUGAGAAUUUUACAAUUUGAACUUCAAUAAGGUUGAAUUUUUGCCCUCUUUCAUCUUACAUAUAUUUUUAAAUCUCUUAUUCACAUGAAUAUGAAUGAAUUUGAUGAGAAAAGUGUACUAAUUUUUGGGAUUUCUUCGGGAAAAAGAAAAAGAAAAGAUAUUCACGUUGAUGAUUGCAAGCGAUGAAGUAAAAUAAAUUUGUUAUUGUGAAUUAAUAUUUAGAUAGGGUUUAUUAAACAUUGUCAGUGGAAAGAGAAAUAUGUGUAUUCAUUGCAUCUCAGAAAGGAAAAAAGCAGAGAGAGAGAGAGAGAGAAAAUGCAUGAGAAGAUGAGCACAGGAUGUGGCAAUUGAUGUGAGACAGACAAAAGGAGUUGAGCGAAAACAAUUGUGGCACUUCAAACACUAUUUAUGGCCUAAAUAAGUAAUCACACAAGUUAUUACUUUAGCGAGGCUACGAGUGAAGAUUAAGCGGGGAUUUUCUCUCUUUGACACAUUCUGUGCUCAAUAAGAUGAUUGGUUUCGAAUCCGUCUCAUUUCGAACAGCCUUUUUCUUCCUUUGGAUGAUUUUAAUUUCAGGCAAAAACAAUAAGAAAAAUGAAAUUGAAUGCAAAGCAACUGCGAAAAGCAAAUAAUUUACCCGAAAAGCAAUUGAUUUUACUCGACAAAAGAGCAAGAUUUUUUUUUAAAUUUUUUAUUAUAUUUCUUUUAAUAUUGUUAGUCAAGGUAGAAUUAUAUUAUUCCCUCCGUUUUAUGAAAACAUUUCACAAUAUCCACAAAGAAAAUAUCAGAAAAAAAUCUCUUGAAAUAUGCAAAAAGAAAGAAGAGAGAAGAGGAAAUGUUGAAAUAAGUAAUGUUGUGAGAAAAGUAACAAAUUAUCUCUUGAGGAGCACGAAAAGAAACCAUUGAGAAACAUGGCGAAGAAAAUUGUAAAGAAAUUUAGUGUCGGAAAAUUUAUUGAUUAUACAAAAAAGAGAAAAAAGGGGAGAAGAAACAGAAUAUUCUUAAACACGCGCUAUUCUAUAUAUUUAUCUCUUAUUAAAGAAAAGAAUUAAAAAAAAACAUGGAAAGGCAAGAAAUUAUUAUAUAGAUGUUGUAUUUGAUGACUUAAAAGUUAUAAAAGUAAAAAUGAUGAACAUGAAAAACUCUUUGAAAAUAACUAUUAACAAAAAAAAAGUAUGAAUUUGCUAUUUAUCAUGAAGAAACAAGAAGAAGAAGAAGAUAAAACGAUGGAUUACAAAAUCUUCAAUGUAUGCUUUUGACAUGUUAACAUGUGUUAAACAUGCUGAGAAGAGUGUCGAGAGAGUCAAUUAUGUAUAUUGAGAGGUAGUGAAAUUUAACGUGAAAAAGUGUGAUUUCCACUCCUUCACUAUCGAAUUGCUCUGAAAAUUGAUUGGUCAGUUGGUGAAGAACAAGACGUUGAACAGCGAGUGAAGAGGCAAAAACAACAAAAUGACAAUACCUAGAAGUAAUUUUUAAAAUUAACAUGAAAAAAGUUAUUGAAUUACAAUUUAAAAGAAGAAAAAAAAAAGAACAAUGCGAUUAUUGAGAUAACAUUUGAGAGAGAGAAAAAAGGGAGAAAAGGUGUAACAAUUUUGCUCGCUCUCCACUUCCCGACUUAGUUUUUCCACACGCCAAGACGAAGGGUAAAAGAGUGGAUGAAGAGCGCAAGGAUGAAAGUAUAUAGAGACAAAGAUAAAAAAAAAAAUGAAACUCACCUAAAAUAUUGCCAUUUUUCGACACACUAUUCAAUGUGUUAUCAUCGUUGAGACUACUUUAAAAACGUGAAAAACUUAAGAACAUUUCAAGAUUAUGAAUGCUAAAGUGAAGCAAAGCGGUAUUGUGAGUGGUGAAGAUGGAGAAAGGACAACUAAGAUUAAUCUUCUGCAUGUGUCCAUUGUGUGAAAACUAAGCAAAAAAAAACAAUGUUAUUAAUGAUAAAUGAAAAUUUCUUCUCCUAUUAAAACACAGCAAGAAAAAGAAACCACUAAAAUCUCUUCGUUUUUCCUCUUGAUUUUACUGAAUGGUAAAUAAUAAAAAUAAAAUAAAAUAACAAAAAAAAACAUAACAUGAAA